AUUAUUAUUAUUUUUAUGUUUCAGAAUGUUGAAUACAGAAGGAUAGAUAACCUGAAAAAUGGGAGACGCCAGUGGUGGUAGAGAUAGAGAAAGAGAUCGAGAUAGGGAUCGAGAUCGAGACAGAGAUAGAGAUCGGGAUCGGGAAAGGGAUUGGGAGCGAGAACGGGACCGGGAACGUGAGUUGAUGAUGAUGGGUGAAAACCAGGAGGGUCUGGUAAUCUACUCCCCGGCUCCUCUAUCUCCACUCCGCUCUGAUGAGUUUGAUUACCAACAAAGCAAUAUUACACUGCUUAAAGCUCAGCUAAAGCUGGUAACCCAUGAGAGGGAUAUGCUAAAGAAGGAUUUGAAAAGAAUAUCUCAGGAGAGAGAUGGAGCAUACCGUCACCUCUCCCUUUCCAACUCCCCCCACUCCUCCUUGGACUCUUCUACAUACCACCAUAGGACAAAUUCGGAUACUGUUCCAACCAUCUCCAAAUCAGGAGCCAACUCUACAAUUACUAGAAGCCAUAGCAUAGCAGCAGCAGGAGAUAAAACCCUAGCCUUAUCCUCCAGAUCCUGUGAGAUAGAGAAGAGUCCUGAGCGGUUAAUUCAUGAACUUCAGACUGCUCGGAAGCAACAUCUUGAAGGGUUAAAGAAGAUAGAACAAGCGAUGAAGGAUGUUGAAUACUACAGACAGGAGGCUGAGAAUCUACGAACUCGAUACAAUGAUGUAGUUUUAGAAAACCAAAGGAUGGAGCAGGAGGUCACAAGUCUUAGAAGGUUUCUUGAGGAUGAUCGGAAGGAGAUCGGUGAGAUGAGACGCCAGCAGCAGGAGAUCCUGAAUAUAGAAGGAGGAGGAGAGAGUAUGAGUAUCAUGUAUGGUACACUCCUUAGGAAAUAUGAGAGUGUGAAAGAUGACUACGGACUCGUUAAUCAGAGAUAUGAAGACCUUGUCGCCUCUCAUUCUUCUGCAUUAGCUAAACUAGAACAUUUACAGGAGGAGGUGCUACGGUACAAGAAACAGUACGAGGAAAUUCUAUCAGAGAGGAACAAGUUCAAACAGCAAUGUACUCAGGCAAUUCGGCAAUGGGAUCAGGCGCUACGGGAACGGAACGAGUUCAGGGAUGCUCUUGCCAAGGUUCAACGACAGCACGAGGAGGCUGUCAAGGAAAUCAAUCAAGCAAUGGCAAUCAGAAUCAAGGCGAGCAAAGAUAUAAAGAAGUUGACCGACGAGCGAAAUUCAGCAAUGCAGGAGUACGCUAUGAUAAUGUCGGAAAGGGACUCUGUACACAAGGAGAUAGAGAAACUACAAGAAGAGGUUUCCAACACGAACCAGCGAAUGAAAGAGGUGGAGAGUAAAAGUAAAGCAGAAGAUGACGAGAAGAGACGAUUAAUAUGUAGAGUUGAACUAUUGAGGCGAGAGAUCGAUGCUGCGUUGUUGGAUAGGGAUAGAGCUAUCAAGGAUACUCAUGAACUCAGGGAGAAGUUGGGAGAACGAGAUAAGGGAACUGGAAAGAGCAGUUUGGGUUUCGAUCUGCGAAAGGAUUACGUGUCUCGGCUGGACAUUGAUAAGCACAAGACGCUGAGAGAUAGUAUUUCUAGCGAAAAUCUGGAGUCCUCUCAUGACACGGAGACGAUCAAAAACAAUAAGGUGAGGAAAGAGAAUAAAGAGUUACGGGAUCGUGUGGAGAAUCUAGAGAAAGAAGGAAGGAUGCGUCUACUGGCAAGAUCCGUUGGUCAGAACCAUAGCAGAGAUUCAGCUAUAGAUACUGAUCUACAGGAGUGGGAGACUGAGACUGUAGUACUGGAGGUAGGAGGAGAGGAUGAACUAGGUGUAGAGCUAGCUGGAGGUAGAGAUGAUCCUAUCUGUCCUGGAGAGAAUCCUAUUUAUGUCUCAUCAAUUAACAAGGACGCGAUGUCUCUGUUGAACCAGAGCGGUGAUGUUGUUGUAUUAACCCUACAAAAGAGUAUGUCCACCCCGUCCUGUGGUCCUUUGUCCUCCUCUAGCAGCGGACAUAUUGCCUGGGAGGACAAGUAUAACAGUCCUAAACUACUCUCUACCGCCACUAGUCCUAUCAAGGAGACCCUGCGGUAUGGGUCUAGGGAGCUGGUGAAGAAGUUGAUCAGCAGGGAUGCCCAGACGGAGAAGUAUCCACUCAACUCUAGCAGCAGUAGUGAGAGGGUUUAUUCUGUGACGAAGGGAGGGAGCAGAGAGAACAGGAGUACAUGGGGACACUUUACAGAUACAGUUAGAGAGAAGUUAGAUACAGUCAGGGGGAGGAGACAUAGCAAGGAGCAGACUGAAAGGAAUGAUCAUUCUGAUACUUCUCUUGGGCGUUUAGUACAACACAAAGACGGAGAGGAUAAAAAAUAUUUAGAUCAGGAUAGUGUUGAGGUGCUGGCUGAACUAGAUCAGGUCCUUAACAGUUAUCAGACUAUGAGUAAGAGUACUGGUGGUUCUGGUAAAAAGAAGAGGAAGGACCGGGAUAGUUUCAAGAGCGGAGGAACUUGGCCUAGGACUAGGGGUGGUCCAGUAUACCAACCAACUACAGGGACUAUACUACAUCCUAAUAAAUACAAGGAGAGGUUACCCUUGUCUGAACUAUUGAGUAGUGUGCCUAAAUAUCCUCUGGAUUCAGAGGAGCAUGGACCAAACACAGAUAUAGCUACUAGGCUUCAUCAUGAGGAUAGAUAUUCCAGAUUGGUGUCCCGUGAUGUAUCUGAUGAACUGAAGGGUGGAUACAGGUCCACGUUAACCCCCUCGGAUACCAGUAUAGACGACUCCGUCAAGUCGGGGAAGGUUGGGAAGGAUGUUCUUCUCAUGUACUUAAACAAGACCAAGCCAGCAAGAUUGCCGGCCAGUGAUAGUGAAUACAUCUCUCCUGUAGAACAGUUUUCUCCAUCCCUCGUCUCUCAGUAUAAUAGAGAGUUAUCCCCCUCUCUAGCAGCACAAUAUAACAGAGAACUCUCACCCUCCCUACCCUCUCAGUAUAAGAGAGAACUCUCUCCUUCCCUACCCUCUCAGUAUAAGCGGGAACUCUCUCCUAACCCGUCUGCACAGUACAAACGUGACUUGUCAAAGUCAGGACAAGAAUAUUAUCAUCUUCCAACAUCUCGUGUUUCUACCACGGGAUUCUCUCCUUAUCUACCCUCUCAUCAGAUAAUCUCCUCCCCACGGUACUCCUCUCCUCCCCCCCUGCUCCCUGCAGCUGUAUCUAAUGACUCUGUGCUUGGUUCUCCUAUACCCCGGCAGUAUGAGGAACCAAGAUUCUACCCUCCCCUGGAGCCACCUCAAUCCUCUAUAUCUCCCACAGCCGGACUUUACAAACAUUCACCUUCUCCUUCACAUGAUAUGUUCAGGAUACCUCCAAGCCAUUUCCCGCACUCUUAUCAGCCUUCACACUCUAACCAGCCUCCCUCUCCAUAUGCUAACCCAGGACUUUUCCCUCACUCUGUUGGGAAUAGUUCUGUGCUACUCUCUCAACAGCUGGGGUAUAUUUAUAAACAUCAGGAUGAUAACUUGACACCUCCCACCUAUGAUGUAUCUUCAGCCAGCAGAAGUUUGCACGGGGUCCACGGAAUAAGGAUUCCUUCCAGCUCUAUCCUUGGCUCUAGGAGCAGUUCAGGGUUCAAAAUAUCCACAGGAAGUAUUGAGCGUCCAUUUUCUGAUCGUUCAUCUCCGCUUCCAAUUCCGUCCUACCAUGUGGAAAUAUUAACCACAGGGAGGAGAACUAAUAGAACAUCAAUAGGUAUUCCAUCUGAGCAUAAACCCUCACACGGUGAAAUUCGACAAAUCCAUAUUGAGAAGAGUUCCGAGCAACUGGGGAUAACUAUAGAGGAGGGUGGGAACAGCAGGGGGGCAGGAGGAACCAGGGGGGUAUUCGUCUCAUCAGUUACACAGAAGAGCUUAGCAUACCAGGCCGGGCUCAAGGUUGGAGACCAGCUUCUAGAGGUCUGCGGGAUGAAUCUUAGAUGUGCUAACUAUGAUCUAGCAGCUAAGGUUCUACAAACAGUUCGGAACUCCUUAGAUAUCAAAGUUCAGUACAAUCCUGAUAAAUUCCUACUCGACGAGGACUCCGGAAGUAAUCAAGAUGAUGAUGAUGAGGAAGAUGAAGAGUCUAGUGAGGAGGAAGAGGAGGAGGAUGAGGAAGAUAUCCCUGUCCGUAAAUCCUCUCCUAGAUCCGGAUCUCCUACGCCGCGGAAUUCUCCUAAAAUAUCUCGGACUCUAGAGGUCCUCCCACCGUCCUCUAGUUCUACCCUACGAGGUCCAAUACAACCCUCUUUAUCCUCCAGCUCUACCCUAACCAGGCACCAGGUCCAGGCCAUGGUCGCCCAGCUUGCCAGAAAUCCGCCAAAUCAGAACGAACACAGAAAUACGCAAAACUUCGAAAUGCUGAGAAAUCCUCCAAUAUCGGACCAUUCUCGCAGCCAGUCUACUCCCCAUCCUGUUGAACGAAACGCCCAAUCUCCGCACUACAGGGAGAAGAUAUCCCCUCAGUAUCAUGAGCCUAGACUUGUCUAUCCUGUUAUGAAAAAAUCUGGUGACCUUGGUGUACGUCUGGUGGGCGGAAACGCCGUCGGAAUAUUUAUUCACUCCGUCGACAUUGAUUCCCCGGCUUACAAUAUCGGUUUACGGUGCGCCGACCAGAUUCUUGAAUACAACGGAACAGAUUUACGGCAUGCUACGGCUGAGCAGGCGGCCUAUGAGCUGGCUAAACCGGUUGAGAACGUGUCUAUCUUGGCACAGUAUUGUCCGGAAAAAUACAAUUUAGCUAAAGAUCAACCAGGGGACAGCUACUACGUCAAAGCAAUGUUUGACAGAUUCCCAGAUUCUAACCAACCAUUCCUGCUGCAGUUUAAAAAAGACGACAUUCUGUUUGUUGAAAACACCAUGUACAACGGAGUACCAGGAGACUGGUCUGCGUGGCUGCUGGGACAGGAUGGGGAAAAGAAGAACUGGGGGAUAAUCCCCAGCAAAUACAAGGUCGAGGAGGAACUGCUUCUUAAGCGUCCUCUCAGCGAGAUUGACAGCGACGGGACCCGGAGAUCGUCAACCUCGAUCAGACGAUCCAUUUUUAAACGCAGGAAAGGCACAAGGUCUAGCAGUAGAGACAGUAAGGAACUGGCUUCCUAUUCUGAUGUUUCAUCUUUUGCAUCCGAAUCAGAGGGGGGAAUAUUUCAGGAGGAGUCUCAAAUAUCUAGUUAUGUGAGGGUAGAGAAGUUUGAUUAUAUUAUGACAAGACCAGUGUUGAUAGUUGGUCCCCUAGCUGAUGCGGUUGUAAACAAACUAGUUUCUGACCGGCCUCAUACAUUCGUCAGAUGCCAGCCACAGGUGAUGGAUUGCAAUAUGGCCGCCCUGGAGGCGGGAAUGAUGGAAAAUACUUUCGUCGACUUCAGAAGGCGGGGGGCUAACUAUGAUUGCACAACUUUCAACUCCAUCAGAGAGAUAAGCGCACAGAAUCAGCAUUGUAUCCUGGAUAUCCAUCUUGGGUCGGUGGAGAGACUUCAUCAUAAUCAGAUAUUCCCUAUUGUCCUUCUCAUCAAGUUUAAGAGUGUUAAACAAAUUAAAGAGGUGAAGGAUCCUCGCUACAACUCUGAGAAGAUGACCCAGAAAGAUGCAAAAAAUAAGUUUGAGCUGAGCGCUAAGCUAGAACAGGAAUAUAGACAUGUUAUAUCAGAUGUUAUUCAGGCGAGUGCUAACUUUAUGCUGAUGUGCACACAAAUUGCGACAAAAAUACAGCAGGAACAAAACAAACCCAUUUGGGUCCCUACAGGAACCAUUUGGUGAACAAGAAACCAUUUGGUGAACAAGAAUCCAUUUGGUGAACAAGAGACUGUUCGGUUAACAAGAAACCAUUUGGUGAAUAUGAAACCAUUUGGUGAACAAAGAACCAUUUGGUGAACAAGGAACCAUUUGGUGAACAAGGAACCAUUUUGUGAACAGGAAACCAUUUGGCGAACAAGGAAUCUUUUGGUGAACAAGAAACCAUUUGGUGAACAAUGAAUCAAGUAGUGAAUAUGGUAUCAAUUGUUAAACAUAGAACCAUUUAGGGAACAAGGAACCAUUGGGUGAACAUGGAACCAUUUGGUGAACAAUAAACCAUUUGGUGAACAAGAAACCAUUAGGCGAACAAGGAACCAUUUGGUGAACAUGGAACCGUUUGUUUAACAAGGAACCAUUUGGUGAACAGGAACCAUUUGGUUAACAUGGAAUCAUUUGGUAAACAUUGAACCAUUUGGUAAACAAGAAACCAUUUGGUGCACAGGAACCUUUUGGUGAGCAAGAAAGUAGAAACCAUUUGGCGGACAAGGAACUAUUUGGUUAACAUGGAAUCAUUUGGUGAACAAGAAGCCAUUUGAUAAACAAGAAACAAUUUGGUAAACAAGGAACAUAUUGGUGAAUAAUGAACCAAGGACAAGGACAAGGAACCAUUUACUGAACAAGAAACCAAUUUGUGAACA